AUGAAAUGGAACAAAUGGGAGUAUUUUAAAUUUUUAAAGGAACAUUAUGAAAAUGAAUUUUCAGAAAUAUUUUUAAAUCAGAGAGCUAAAGAACAACAACAAAAUCAAGAGUGCCAAGUAAAUAUAAACUAUAAAUUCAACCAUCUACUAGAUGAAAUAUUAAAAAACCUAUAUUCAAAACUAAAUCACAUGUCAGACUAUAUUUCAGAAUCUCGAAAUUUAAAUCACUUUUUCGACCCAAUUAGAUAUUUAAUUGAUCAGCAUGAAAACGACAACGAUUCUUUAUUAACACUAUUAAAAAUGAUAGAGUUUGUUGGCAAGUUUUUAAAUGAACAUCAUUACUAUCAAUAUAGCGUAAUUUUUUAUUUAUUUUUUAAAAAUAAAUUAAAUAAUAAAAUUUGUAAAACUUUAAAAAAUAAUUUAACAUCACCACCAUCAUCAUCGACAUCGCCCGUAUCAAGCAAUAAAGAGAAUUUGGAUAAAGAAUUUCAAGAAGGUGAGGAAAAAAUGCAAACUGAAGGCAACGAAUCUAAAAUUAAUAGUAGUGACCUGGAAGUUUCUGAAAAAAUUAAAGGUUUUUGGUUUACAGGUUUAAAUAAUUUACAACUAUAUUGGAAUCAAUUUAAAGAAAUAGAUGCAGCAGAAAAAACAGAUACAGCAGAAGAAACUAAUGAAAAGGAAGUAAGAGAAGAGGAAUUUAAAGAAAUAGAUGCAGCAGAAAAAACAGAUCCAGCAGAAGAAACUAAUGAAAAGGAAGUAAGAGAAGAGGAAUUUAAAGAAAUAGAAGAAAAUGAAACUAAUAAUAAUAAUAAUAAUAAUAAUAAUAAUAAUAAUAAUAAUAAUAAUAAUAAUAAUAAUAAUAAUAAUAAUAAUGACGAUGAAGAUAAUAUAGAAAAAGUUAAAAAAGAAAAUAAUGAUAAUUUAAAUAAUCAAUUAUUUUUAAAAGUUAUAAAUGAAUUUUGCUUACCAAUUAUAUUUUAUAUUAAAAAGGAAGAGUUUGGACAAUUUGAUAAAUUCGAAAUUAUAAAUCUAUGUUGGAAAUAUUAUAUUUGCAAAAGGGAAGAUAUUACCAAUGUCGAUAUUAUGGAGAUUCAAAAUUUUCUUCAAGAGUUUUCAGAUUCAGGAAUACUGUUAAAGAAGCAUCCUAGCGAAGCCAUUAUCAAUUUCAAAGUUGAUCUACUAGAGAAUCCAGAGAAAGCUAGAAAUGACUAUUUCGAUCGUAAUAUGGAUGCCACUGAAGAGGAUGAAAGCCAAGAAUCAAAUGACUCUUAUGAAUUUGAAAUCCAUUUGGGCAUUUACUUACUCUCAUCUAUAUUCUAUGUUAGCUGCUGGAGGUAUUUCAAAUUUUUAACAAUUGGAUCAUCAAGAAUCGAGAAACAAUAUACCACAACUCAUAGUAUCACAGACUAUGAAAUGAUUAUAGAUAGUACUUUAGAGGAUAUUGGUGUUAGCCGUUCAAGUGCAAACAAUGAUACAUAUGAAGGUCUUCGUAAAAGUUUUAAAAUCACCUCACGCAGCAAUAUAAAGACAAAGCUUUCAAUGAUUGUUCAUCAACUAUUAAUCUAUUCAAAUAUCGAUGAUGAAAGUUCUUUUGAUGAUCAGUUUUCAGAUAUAAACUUUUCAUAUCCACAACAAGAAGCCAUCAGACAUUUAGCGCUAUGUAUGGAAUGCUUUAGUGAUCUUAAUCAAGACCCUUGGAUCGAAGAUUUUAAAUUAAUUUUAUCAACAAUUUGGAAUAGUCCACAGUUUUAUUGGUUAUAUAAUAGUUUGGCAGAUUCAAAUUAUUAUUAUGAAUCAUAUUCAACAGCAUUAAAAUAUUAUAGAGAUACUCAAAUUUUAUUACAAUAUUACUAUUCAAAGACAUUAAUACCUCUAGGUGAUGGGUUUAAGAAAUAUUUCGAUCCUAAAGAUGAAUUAUGGAUAAAAAGAUUAGCAUUAAAUAUUUCAGUUACAAAUCACACAGAGAUUGAAGAUUCAGUUGUUGGUUUAUUAGAAAUAUUAAAUUCAAUUUCGUUGCCAGAUGAAUUUGUAGCCUCGGCUCAUUCAGUCAUGACGAUUAAACCUUAUUUUACAGAUUAUACAGAGGAUGAGGUUUUAUUUUGGUGUAUAGAUGGAUUGGUAACUUGCUAUGAAAGAUUAGGUAUGGUUGGUGAAAUGACAGUCCUCUAUCAAUCAUAUUGGGAAUAUUAUAAACCAAGAUUUAUUCAAAUGAUUAACGAAAUUAAAGGCACCCCUUCAACUUUGCCAAACGAAAUACCACUUUCAAAUUUAGUUAUAAAAGAUUUACAAAUUGGGUAUUUCUUUCCAAGAUUUUUCGAUUAUAUAGUUAAUUUUGAAAUGUUAAACGAGUUUUGUAAUGUUUUAAAUAAAGGUUUUAAAUUAGAUAUUUUACAAAGAGGCCAACAACUAUCAAAUGGUAAUGAUGAAUUGAUUAGAAUAAUUACAAGGCACAUCACUAGAACAUCAAGUAGCAGUUAUUACAAUUUACCAAUUUUGUUAAAACAUUUCUUUACUGAAGAAUUGGAACAUUUUACAUCGAAAUAAUUUAUAACAUAUAAAUAAAAAAAAAAUUAAAAAAAAAUAUUUAUGAAUAAUUUUAAUUUUAUUUAAUAAAAAUAAAUAUUUAUUUAUAAUUGU